AUGUCACGUGCCACAUACAACCACGCGCGACUGGACCGUAACAUCAUACCCAAAACAUCUAGACCGCGAUAUGUUCUGAAAGCACCAGAGCGCCAAGUCGCCUUCCGACAGGAGCAUAUCGCAGACGAAAAAACCACAUUAAUCCUCAAACCACACGGCGACGCCCAAUCAGAGAAUGCAUAUAAAAUAACCCAUGAAGAGGGCGCCCCCGCAUUCACGGCAACAGGUCGGAAACACAGUGAUCGCUCCUGUCGGGAAGUCCGCGACGCCUCGGGCCUGCCUUUAUUCGAUAUUUACAAAAAGCCGCUUUCGAGUCCUUUUAGUUGGGUCGUUACCUUGCCCGGGAGCAAACCCAGCGCGGACGCGGCUAUAGCCAAAGCGACGCCUCAGUGGAGUUGGGGUAGCAUCAAUCUGAGUUUAGAGUUUCGCAAUGUUGCCGCUGUCGAGACGAAAGAUGAAGAGGACAAGAAGCUGUCUUUGAUGGUAAAAAAACAUGGAAUGGCCCUGUCAUUCUUUGAUGUUGUGGAUGGUGAUAGGAGGAUUGCCGAUAUACGCGAGAGCGUCAACCACAAUGAGAAAUUGGCUUUGAGAAGAGGCUCCCGCGGAGGAAGCCAUCGGCCUGCGUUGGACCUUAUCGUUGCUCCCGGGAUGGAUAUAUCAUUGGUGGCAGCAAUUGCAAUCAUUGUGUCGGAUUGGUUUUUCGGGUCAGACUGA